AUGAUGAUGGGUUUCAAACUCAUCUCUCUUUUGCCUCUUCUUUCACUUCUCAUACUCACAAUCUUGUCCGGAGCGGACGAGGCCUUGGCUUCCGGCAAGAAACCACAUGUAAGCCACCGUAAUAUGACUGCCGUCGAAGGAGGAGGAACAGUGACGUUGAAAGGGAGGAAGCAAGCGAGUGGUUGUAACUUGUUCCAAGGGAGAUGGGUUUUCGAUGCUUCUUACCCUUUCUACGAUUCGACCACGUGUCCUUUCAUCGACGGUGAGUUUGACUGUCUCAAAUUCGGCCGACCGGACAAACAGUUCCUCAGAUACUCUUGGCAGCCUGAUUCAUGCACCAUCCCAAGGUUUGAUGGAGAAGCGUUUCUGAAGAAAUGGAGAGGGAAACGAGUGAUGUUCGUUGGUGACUCACUGAGUCUAAACAUGUGGGAAUCGUUAGGAUGUAUGAUACAUUCGUCGGUACCAGACACCAAGACCACUUUUCUCAAACGUACCCCAGUCUCCUCUCUCACUUUCCAGGUCCCUCUCUCUUUCCCUUCUUCGUUUUUUUCCUUAUUAUAAUUUAAAAAUGCGUCUUUGGAUAAAAAAACAAAAUCUAAAUAAUUCAUCAUCACGAGGAGGACUUGUCAUUUUGUUGAAUCGAGUUGGUCACGGACUAUAUAUUAUUAUACUAUAUAAUUCAUUUGUAAAAGAAGCAUUUUCAAAAUUUUCUUUUGAUUUUAAAUUUAAAGAUGUUUUGUGAAAAUGCUUGACAUCCAAGCUAUUAUGAUGCUGUCUGCCUAAUGGUCUGUCUAUUUCUUUAAUUAUUAAAACUGGAAGAGAACUGUAACCAUUAAUUUUAUAAACAACUUAAUCCUAAUUUUAUCUUCUAUAUCAUACUUUAAACCAAAGAGAUUUUUCGUAAACAAUUUUGUAAAUUUUGACGUAGCAGUUUGCUUCCGCUUUCUAUAUAUUGUGGUAUAAUAUUUUAACAGCCGAUAUUGAAAAAGAUGCGCACCUCACACAAUCACAUUUCACCGUACACCAUUCUGCCUUUUGUUUCACUUUUCAAAUUCCAAGUGUUGACUUAGGUUUUUGGCAAUUUCUCAUUGUUUUUUCUAGAAAAAAUUGAAAAAGUAUCAUAAAUUAAUAUAUAACAAUAUAUAACUUGGAAAAAAACAAAAAGAAGAGAACAUAGCAAGAAAAGGAAGUAGGAGACCUGACAGCUGAUGACAACUAAUAAACCAUUUCAACUUGUUUUCUUCAAUUUCGUUUUUCUAAUCAUAUAAAACCAUGUUAUCUGAAAUACUCGUACCAGUCCAUUUAAAAUGUCGGACACUCGAAUUCUAAUACAGUUAUUUGCGGCUAGAUACGAGUACAAACAGGAAUAUGGAGUCACAAUAUAUUUUUCACAUACGAUAAAGACAAUUAGAAUUUUCUCAACCAUUUUUAAAUGAAAAAGAAAAACAGGAAUAUGGAGUCACAAUAUACCUAUACCGAACACCAUACCUAGUGGAUAUCUCCAAAGAGAAUGUAGGGCGUGUGCUUGACCUUGGAGCCAUCGAAGAUGGUGCUGAUGCUUGGAAAGACAUGGACAUUCUAGUCUUCAAUUCUUGGCACUGGUGGGUUCACAAAGGAGCACAAUCACAAGGGUGGGAUUUUAUAAGAAAUGGGUCUUCAUUGAUCAGAGACAUGGACCGGCUUGAUGCUUUCAACAAAGGACUCACCACUUGGGCUCAAUGGGUUGAUCAAAAUGUUAAUGCUUCUCAAACCCGAGUUUUCUUCCAAGGCAUUUCUCCAACUCACUACGUAGGAAGAGAAUGGAAUGAGCCGAGUAAGACUUGCAACGGACAGAUGCAACCGUUGAGCGGAUCAACGUACCCAGGCGGUUCACUUCCUGCGGCAAAUAUCGUGUCCCGAGUGUUGAGAUCGAUGAAAACACCCGUUUACUUACUCGAUAUCACAACUCUGUCUCAACUAAGAAAAGAUGCUCAUCCAUCUACCUAUGGAGGCGAUGGAGGGAUGGAUUGUAGCCACUGGUGCCUUCCUGGCUUGCCGGAUACUUGGAACCAGCUUCUCUACGCAGCUCUUUCGAUGUGAAGAACUUGACUGAAAUACACACUUGCAUGUAUAUUACAUUCUUGAAAGUCCAAAGGAUCAAAAAAAAGAAACGACUGACAUUUUACUUGCAAGAUUUACAAAGAGGACGACAACAAAGUUGUAAAGUGUUUUAUAUUAUUUUGUUUUGGAUGGGGUUGAAAGUCGAAACUAUAAUCUAAUAUCAUCUUGUGAUUGGAACAAGAAAGUGAUCUAGAGAGUAACACAUUUGCAUCAUUGCUGGUUUAUAUUGAUUUUGUAGUAAAACAGAUUUGUUGAUUCAUGUUGAAAUGGAUUAAACUCGGUAACA